GUGGUCUGACCGAAGAGCACACACACUAUCUCAAUUAUAGGGUAGGUUGUACUGCUUCUUUAAAGUGUGGCUGACUUUUUAUUGGUGAAUCUAGUGGAGGGCUGCGCACCAAUAGCGGGCAGAACUGUACAAAGAGAUCUACUCCCUCCCCCAGCCACAGCACAGCAACCCUUACAAUGCUCAGAGCGGAGAGAGACAGUGCUGCGCUCACAUCCGCAUUGCUGGAUGGAUAUGAAAUAUCUGAUGAGACAUAUGCUAUUAUUUCAUUUAAUAUUCCUGCUAUGCCCCUGAAAGCGGUACGGUUUGUUUUCUUUUCAAUAAACAUUCUUUUAAAAUGAGAACUGUAACAAGGACAAAGAUUUUGGGCUGGCGGGCGGUUUGGUUGUUUCACAUCUUCACGUGGAAUACAAUACUGGCGCAGAUUCGCUACACUAUUCCAGAGGAACUGAGCAUUGAAUCUGUUGUUGGAAAUAUAGCGAAGGACCUGGGUUUGGGAAUUUCAGAGAUUUCUGAGCGCAAGCUGCGGAUCGCCUCCGAGGGUAAGCAGUAUUUCAGUGUGGAUUUGGGAAAGGGAGAGCUGAUCGUGAGCGAGAGAAUCGACAGAGAGACUCUGUGCGGACAAAGCGCGAGCUGUGUGUUACCGCUGGAAGCAAUCAUAGAAAACCCGUUAGAGUUGUAUCGUGUUGACGUUGAAAUACAGGACAUAAAUGACAAUGCUCCAAAUUUCCAGAAAAAUGUGAAUAUUCUAAAUAUUCCCGAAACUACUCUACCAGGUGCAAGAUUUCCUUUGGAAUUAGCACAAGAUCCUGAUGUUGCCUCAAAUUCAUUACGAUCCUACACACUAAGUAAAAACGAACAUUUUGUGCUGGACAUUAAAACAAACAAAGAUAGAACAAAAGUCCCGGAGCUGGUGUUAGACAAAGCGCUGGACAGAGAGAAACAGCCGGUGCACAAUAUCGUUCUGACCGCUGUAGAUGGGGGGAAUCCGGCUCGAUCGGGGACAACGGAGAUUAACGUUCGUGUUUUAGACAUUAACGAUAACGCUCCGGUAUUUGAAAAGGCUUCAUAUGACAUCAAGUUGGCAGAAAACACCCCGACUGGUACCGUGCUUGUGACCCUAAAAGCCGUAGACCUAGAUGAGGGACUCAAUGGGGAGGUAUUCUAUUCAUUUGGGUCCCAUACACCAGAGACAGUGCAGAAUCUGUUCAGUGUAGACUCACAAACCGGUGAGAUUACGGUGAUUGGUCCUAUAGAUUAUGAAGCAAGCACUUCAUUUAAGAUGAAUAUUCGCGCUACAGACAAAGGCACCCCAGCAAUGGAAGGUCAUACUAGUAUAGAAGUGGAAAUUUUAGAUAUUAACGAUAAUAUGCCGGAGAUCAUUCUGAAAUCGUCGCCGAGUCCCAUUAGAGAAGAUGCACCCAUCGGAACUGUCGUAGCUUUGAUUAGUUCCAGGGAUUUAGAUGCAGGCGACAACGGGAGAGUCACUUUGAACGUAUCUCCAGGUGUCCCGUUCAAAUUAAAACCCUCCUUUUCUACUCAUUAUGCUUUAAUCACUGACGCGAUUCUAGAUCGAGAAACAAACGCAGAAUAUAGCAUUGAAAUUACGGCAUCUGAUUCCGGAUCCCCGCCUCUGGCAUCGAAGAAAAUAAUUACAGUAAGCCUUCUAGAUGUGAAUGACAACCCUCCCCGCUUCUCUCAGCCUUCCUACACAAUGUAUGUUAAAGAAAACGGCGCUCCGGGAGCAAUACUGACUUCUGUGUCCGCUUCUGAUCCAGACCUGGGCGAGAAUGCUAAGAUCUCCUAUUCUAUUUUAGACUCCAAAGUACAAGACAUGUCCGUGUCCUCCUAUGUUUACAUUAACUCGGAUAACGGCAGCAUCUACAGCAUGCACUCAUUUGACUAUGAGAAACUGAAGGUGUUUCAGAUCCAGGUAGAGGCAAAGGACCAUGGCUCUCCGUCUCUGAGCAGUAACGCCACAGUUCAUGUUUUUAUCCUGGAUCAGAACGACAACGCCCCCGCUGUUAUUUACCCCUCUGCUAUCAUGGGCUCUGUCUCUCAUCAGAAGAUGCCCCGCUCUGCUAAAGCGGGACACCUCGUCACCAAAGUAACGGCAGUGGACGCCGACUCGGGCCACAACGCCUGGAUUUCCUAUAAGGUGGUGGAGGCUACAGACGCGUCUCUGUUGGGUGUGAAUCUUUAUACAGGGGAGGUGAGGACUAAGCGCGCAGUUUCAGAGCACGAUGACUCCUCUCAGAGGCUACUUAUAGAGAUAAAGGACAAUGGGGAGCCGGUCCAGUCCACUACAGUCACAGUUGGCAUAUUGUUGGAGGACGGGAUCCACGAGCCCAUCUCAGACUUUCGACAGAAAGCGCAGGAGCCCGGAAAGAAAAGCAAUAAAAUCACCUUUUAUUUGAUCAUCUCUCUGGCCUCUGUUUCCGCUGUAUCUUUUGUGACUUUUGUGAUUUUAGCAGUGAAGUGCGUUAGACACAGCCGAAGGGGCCCGUGUUGCUGUAUGAGACGGGCAGACUCUGACGGAUACGAGAAUCCCAACAGAAACCUGCAGAUCCAGCUGAACACGGACGGGCCCAUUAAAUAUGUGGAGGUCCUGGGAGGGGACAUGUCUCAGAGCCAGUCCUUCAGAUCCUGCUUCUCUCCGGUGUCAGAGUUCAGUGAUUUCACCUUCGUUAAGCCCAGCAGCACCACUGACUUUAAGGAAAUGAUUAAUGUCAUCGAUGCUUCUCUGCCUGACAGCGCGUGGACGUUUGAGGGCCAGCAGGUGAGGAUUUGAUUAAGAGCUUAUCAUUUCCGUUUCGACAGAUCCUACUUCAAGUUUAUUUGUAUUGUUUACCAUUGUUUUCGUACGGGGACAUUGUUUUAACUAAAAUAUCGAAAUGGCAGGGCAUUUAAUCGUCACUUUUCUAAUUAUUGUUGAUCUAAAAAUUCAAAAUGCCCAUUUCCGCUCGGUUCGUAAAUCCAAGGAUA